CUUUGAUUUUGAGUUGCUAACGAGCCGAUAUAUGUAUGGUAGGUCAUCUCUAGCAUAGAGUUUGACCAUAGAUGUAUACUUGCUCUCCUAAAAAGGCCUACGCCUCGGUCCAAGUCCCUGGAAGUGGAUCUGCGGAGACCCGAGGCUAAACGCUUGGAUACAAAUCACCAGCUCCGCACUUUUAUCAUCAAAGUGCCCGCUCCGCUUAUCUCCCGUUGAAUUCAAACAUCACUAUGCAGCCAGAUUCAGAUUCAGUUCUUGUGAGUUCCACAAGUGACGGAAUUACUACUAUUAAAAUCAACAGACCGCAUCGAAGGAACGCCGUCAACCCAACUACCGCAAACCUUCUCUACGAGAAAAUCCUAGCUUUCGAAAGCGACCCCUCACAGAAAGUAUGUAUACUCACUGGGAUGGGCGAUACAUUCUGUGCUGGUGCCGAUCUUCACGAAGUAGCUGGACAAGAUAUUCGCGACGCUCUCGGCAGCGAAACCCAAGGAAGACGCAGUCACUUUCAAGCGCCACCGGAAUCUGGCGAACAAUCUCUAGGUCCGAUGGGUCCAUCACGACUGCAGAUCCAGAAGCCUAUCAUCGGUGCUGUCUCCGGGUAUGCAGUGGCAGGUGGGUUGGAAUUAAGCCUACUCUGCGAUAUCCGCGUGGUGGAAGAGGAUGCCGUGUUCGGGGUCUUCUGCAGACGAUGGGGGGUACCACUUAUCGACGGAGGCACAGUUCGUCUCCAGGCAGUUGUGGGAUUGGGAAGGGCGCUUGAUAUGAUUUUGACUGGACGUCCAGUCAGUGCGACCGAGGCCUUAUCGAUGGGGUUAGCAAAUCGUGUUGUGCCAAAGGGGAAAGCUAUGGAAGAGGCCACAGCUAUUGCGAAGCAAUUGCUUUCGUUUCCGCAGCUUUGUAUGAAUGCGGACCGGGACUCUUGCUACUAUAGUGCGUACCAGGCUAGCUCGUUUCAGGAUGCACUGAGACAUGAGUAUGAGAAGGGCGUGAAAGUUUUGGACCUUGAAAGCAUCAAGGGAGCUGCUCGAUUUAGUCGCGGUGCAGGGAGGCAUGGAAGUUUUAAGAAUGGCUCACGUCUUUAAGUUCAUUCUGGAAUUGCGCAUUUCACUUGGAAUAAUGGCCCAUACCAAGUGUCGGGACAGGCGAUCGAGGUUUCUUGUUUACAGUCAGCAUGGAUACUGUUAUAUUGUUCAAACACUCGCGAAACCAUUUGGAUAUAGCUUCUGUUAGGGCAGAGAAUAUCCUUCUUUUAGAAGCUCAGAUACAUGCAGACUUCUGAAGCUGAGUUUAUUUGAGAGAGCUUGCGAAUCCAUUAAACCUCGCAUAACGUUUAAGAAUGUUAGAAAUGCCCAUGGGAAGCAUGGCCGUGAAUGGCCAUAACGCUUGUAUAUAGACGUGUCUUGUAUCAACAAAUUGCAUGAAUGAACCCAAUGUGGUCUAUGCCAGAGGUAUUCCUCGUUACUCUUUAUAUCUCGAACAGACCUGAAUCAAUAAGGCCCAUAUCCAUGUUAGACUCUUCACUGCUGCCAUGCACUGCUGUCUGAUCUGUUUCUUUUGCUGAGUGAAAAGCUGAAGAGACCUUCCAAACGGGUCAAGUUGACAGUUGAGAACCACAUGGGCUAGGCCAGACAGUGGAGGACGGAUCUAGCAGCUAGACUGAAGAAUGAUCCACUUGCCGUACGGUGCGGGUACAAAUUAGGUGCUGAUGCAGUACUAGUGGGUAGGCUCUGAACUGUGACAGAGCAUUAGAACA